GGGAGCGACGGCCGGGCGUGCGGCCGAGGGAGGGGCGGCGGCGCGAGCUGCGGCGGCGGCGGUUCCAGCAUGAAGAGGAGAGCUGGCCUGGGGGGCAGCAUGAGGUCAGUGGUGGGCUUCUUGUCCCAGCGGGGCUUGCAUGGGGACCCCCUGCUCACUCAGGACUUUCAGAGGAGACGCCUGCGGGGCUGCAGAAACCUCUACAAGAAGGACCUUCUCGGCCACUUCGGCUGUGUCAAUGCCAUUGAAUUCUCCAACAAUGGAGGCCAGUGGCUGGUCUCAGGAGGAGAUGAUCGCCGAGUUCUGCUAUGGCACAUGGAACAAGCUAUCCAUUCCAGGGUCAAACCCAUACAGCUGAAAGGGGAACACCAUUCCAACAUUUUCUGCCUGGCUUUCAACAGUGGAAACACCAAAGUCUUCUCUGGAGGAAAUGAUGAGCAAGUCAUCCUCCAUGAUGUUGAAAGUGAGACCCUGGAUGUGUUUGCUCACGAAGAUGCAGUAUAUGGCUUGUCGGUCAGCCCAGUGAAUGACAACAUUUUUGCCAGCUCUUCAGAUGAUGGCCGGGUUCUCAUUUGGGACAUCCGGGAGUCUCCCCAUGGAGAGCCCUUCUGCCUGGCAAACUACCCAUCAGCCUUUCACAGUGUCAUGUUUAACCCCGUGGAGCCCCGCUUGUUGGCCACAGCCAAUUCAAAAGAAGGAGUGGGACUGUGGGACAUUAGAAAGCCUCAGAGUUCUCUCCUGCGCUAUGGUGGCAACCUGUCUCUCCAGAGUGCCAUGAGCGUGAGAUUCAACAGCAAUGGAACCCAGCUCCUGGCCCUGCGGCGGCGCCUGCCCCCUGUCCUCUAUGACAUUCACUCCCGCCUGCCGGUGUUCCAGUUUGACAAUCAGGGUUACUUCAACUCGUGCACGAUGAAGAGCUGCUGUUUUGCAGGGGAUCGUGACCAGUAUAUCCUUUCCGGCUCUGAUGACUUCAACCUGUAUAUGUGGAAGAUUCCUGCAGAUCCAGAAGCAGGUGGCAUUGGCAGGGUGGUCAAUGGAGCCUUCAUGGUGCUGAAAGGGCAUCGGUCCAUUGUUAACCAGGUUCGGUUUAACCCUCACACCUACAUGAUCUGCUCUUCGGGGGUAGAGAAGAUUAUCAAGAUCUGGAGCCCAUACAAGCAGCCAGGAUGCACAGGAGACCUUGAUGGUCGAAUUGAAGAUGAUUCCCGCUGCCUCUACACCCACGAAGAGUACAUCAGCCUUGUAUUGAACAGUGGGAGUGGCCUGUCCCACGACUAUGCUAACCAGUCAGUACAGGAAGACCCCCGGAUGAUGGCUUUCUUUGACUCUUUGGUGCGACGCGAAAUUGAGGGCUGGAGCUCCGACUCAGACAGUGACCUCAGUGAGAGCACUAUCCUUCAGCUACAUGCGGGGGUUAGUGAACGCUCUGGCUACACUGACUCCGAAUCCUCAGCCUCACUGCCCCGCUCCCCACCUCCCACAGUAGACGAGUCUGCUGACAACGCCUUCCACCUGGGGCCUCUACGUGUCACUGCCACAAAUGCAGUGGUAUCAACCCCAGCAACACCCACUUGUGAGGAUGCAGGCUCUCGACAGCAGCGCCUAUCUGCUCUGCGUCGCUACCAGGACAAGCGCCUCCUGGCCUUGUCCAAUGAGUCUGAUUCUGAGGAGAAUGCCUGUGAGGCCGAACUGGACACAGAUCUCUUCCCUCGGCCUCGGUCACCCAGCCCUGAGGAUGGAUCUAGCAGCUCCAGCAGCUCCAGCAGUUCCGAGGAUGAAGAAGAACUGAACCAACGCCGAGCCACCACCCGGCAGCGAAAUGCUAUGCGGAGGCGACAGAAGACAGCCCGGGAAGAGCGACCCAAUGCUCCAGUCAAGCCUGCUAAUACCUACAUUGGAGAGGACAAUUACGACUACCCCCAGAUCAAGGUGGAUGACCUCUCCUCCUCCCCAAACUCCUCCCCAGAGCGGAGCGCUUCCACUCUGGAUGUUCAGCCAAGCCGGGCACCACCAGCUGCCAACAUGGAGUCAGUUGAGCGAAAGAUUUAUAAAGCUUACAAAUGGCUCCGCUGCUCCUAUAUCUCUUACUCAGGUAACAAAGAUGGAGAGCCCUCCUUAGUGACAGGGGAGGCAGAUGAAGGAAGAGCGGGAACCAGCCACAAAGACAGCCCCGCCCCGUCUUCCAGUAAGGAAGCCUGUCUCAUGGACACAGCCCAGAGGGACCAGGACCUGCCCCCUGAAGGCUGCAGCAGAGAUGCCUAUAAAGAAGGGACGUCUACCAGAAAUCCCAGCAGUGGCACUAGCCAUGAGCACAGUGACCAUCCGUGGGCAGAGGCGGCAGAGGGUGACUCUCAGGACACUAACAGUGGGCCUCUAGAACACUCUUUUGAAACCAAGAAGCUUAAUGGAAAGGCCCUGAGCAGUCGGGCUGAGGAGCCACCCUCUCCUGUCCCCAAGCCAUCUGGUUCCACUCUCAACAGUGCAUCCAGCAACUGUCCCAGGACCCAGUCUGAUGACAGUGAGGAGAGGAGCCUUGAACCCCUCUGUGCCAACCACAACAAUGGACGCUUGCACCCCCGAUCCCUUCACCCCCACAACAAUGGGCAGAACUCUGGGGAGCUGGAGACAGUGGCCUACUCUUCCGCAGGACACCCAGACACUGACCAUGAUAACCUAUCUCUGACAGGGACACUUGUACACAAAGAUUGUUGUGGGUCUGAAGUGGCCUGUGAGACCCCAAGUGCUGGAAUGAGAGAGGACCCCACUGACCCCUCAGCCACGGACAGCAGCAAGGUUGUUCAUGGCCACAGUGCCCUCAAAAGGCACCGAAUUGAAUUGGAAGACACAGAUUCUGAGAAUUCCUCCUCAGAGAAGAAAUUAAAAACAUGAUAAACACAAAGGGAAAACAAAAAGCUACAAAAAAAGUAGCCUUACAAAAUAAUUUUUCUUGUUUAGUGAACACAGAGGAAAGGAAAAAGUAUUAAAGGCACAUAAAACCAGGGCCUGAAA